GAUGUUCGUCUGUACUGGGAGGAUGUUAUAGAUGAGCGCAAAAAGAAUCGCGUAAAAAGAACUUUUCGAUCAAAAGCUUUAGAUAUUUAUCAAGUUGUAGGGGAAAAUGUGGGUGAAGAAAUUCAGGACGAAUUCAAACCACCGUCGAAACGGCUCAAGAAGGAUGAACCAGAAAAGAUACCAGAGCCGACAGAAGUAUGGUUAACAUUUUUAUUCUUAGCGUCCUUACUAAAUCUUAUAUUUCUGUCUAAUGAAUUUUAUGGAUCUAAGGCAUCACUUACCGGGGCUGACCCAAUAGAACUCGAAAAAGUGUCAGAUAAAUCGUCUUUAAAACCUCUCAAAAUACUUUCAACAGGAUC